ACGGGCUCGACACCUGCCGAGGAACUCCCUAAUACAUAACAUACCUCUCCCUAAAUACAUUACUUACCUUACCUAGCACCACCGCACAAGCCACUGCCCGUGCUCGCUUGCUUAGCUACACUUACACCAACCGGACCGACCAAGAGCCAACCCAAUUGGACAAUCGACUCAGCUGGCAAACCAGACCAGACCGAGCCAACGAGACGAACCCCAUCCAAUACCCCGGAACGGAACAAGGGGGGACAGAUAAGAGACAAGAGAAAAAAAAGAGGCGAAAGAGCAAAUCAUCGUGGAGGACGCAUAGCAACAAAAGAGGAGGGAGCAGGAGAGAAGAAAAAAAAAAGAGGGCAGAGAUAAACAGCCAAUAGCCCACAGCAUUCACCAUGGGUCUCUUCUCGCGAAAACACAGAACCCCCAAGGCCGUCAACACGGCACCCGCAGAUUCAGGAGCCGGGCCUGGCACGUCGACCGGAGACUCUGCCAGUAUCGAGUCGGAAAAAUCCAGCAACCGCAUCUCGUCCGCCACCUAUUCGCGCUUCCGAGGCCAGAGCCACCGUGCCUCUGCCAGCAGCAUGCCGCAGACCCCCCUAACCCCGAUGACGCCCCAUCCCGUGCUCAAGGUCAACCUGCCCAAGGCCCCGGACCCGACCCUCGAUGCUGCCGGCUACCUGAGGAGUCUCGGCGCUGUCCGCGAGAGGUCCAGGCUCGUUACCGAGAGGGCUUUGGGCAACGCCCUCCACCACUUCGACGUCGACAUGGCCAAGUUCCCCGACGUUGUCUCCUUCGUCUGUGGCAUAAUCAAGCGAGACUUCGACCCACCCUUCUCGUCCAUUCCAUCGCAUGGCCGGUACCAGCACUUCUGCGUCGGCGGACGCGAUCGAAUCGCCAACCUGCUCUCCACCUUCGCUGAGAGCGUCGACAGCACCGAGCAGUGCCGCCGCCUGAUCGACCUCUUCCUCGUCAGCGUCCUGCUCGACGCCGGCGCCGGCACCACCUGGAGUUUUAAGAGCGCUGAGAAUGGUCGCAUCUACAGACGAUCCGAGGGCCUGGCCAUUGCCAGCUUGGAGAUGUUCAAAACCGGGAUCUUCUCGGGAAACCAAAACAACAAAUUCCAGGUCGACAAAGACGGUCUCGCGAAGCUGACGGUCGACCAGCUGGCUAAGGGCUUGCAGUCACGCCCAGGCAGCGAGGUGGCCGGCCUAGAGGGCAGAGCACAACUCCUGAUCCGGCUCGGCGACGCCUUGUCCAGGAGCCCGGAAAUAUUCGGCAACGAGGGACGACCGGGGCACAUUGUCGACUAUCUCCUCGCACACCCGACGACGCAAGCGUCAUCCAAUCCUAUCGUGGUCCUGCCCGUGCUGUGGGACGCGCUCAUGGCCGGACUGGCCCCUAUCUGGCCGCCGUCGCGAACGGCCAUCAACGGCGUCUCGCUCGGCGAUGCCUGGCCCUGCUCCUCUAUGCCGCAACCGACUCCGACCCCUACCUCGCCUACCCUCUCUCCUUUCCCCAAUUCCCAGCCCGGGCCGGGUGCCGCGCCCUGGGAGUCCAUCCUCCCUUUCCACAAGCUGACGCAGUGGCUCACCUACUCGUUAAUGCAACCUAUGCAGAACCUCCUCAAGAUUCAGUUUGCCGGCACCGAGCUCCUGACGGGGCUGCCCGAGUACCGGAACGGAGGCCUAUUCAUCGACCUCGGCGUCCUAACCCUUAAACCUCACGACACGGAGCGCGGCCUGCAGAACUACAGCAAUUACUGCCAACGGACGGGGGCCAAAGGCGUCGAAGUGGCGCCAAUGUUCGAGCCUGGUGACGACGUGAUCGUCGAGUGGCGUGGCGUCACUGUUGGCUUUCUCGACAAGCUCCUCGUCGAGGUGAACAGGGCCCUCCAGAAGGACCCCAACGGUGGCGAGUUGACGUUGGCUCAACUGCUCGAAGCGGGAAGCUGGAAGGGUGGUCGCGAAAUCGCCGAGGUUAGCCGGCCAAACACGAAGGAACCGCCGAUUCUCAUUGAUUCCGACGGCACCGUAUUUUAGUUGGAUCCUCAUCCUCCGCCCUGUGUCAUGCCGCGUUCUCUCCUUUUCUUUGUCCCGUCUUCGCUUCCCAACCCUCCCCAUUUUCCUUCGCAACCGUGCGCGAAACCCGACAUGGAGCGAAGCUUCCCUAGAUUCUUGCUCGAGAGGACCCAUACCCACUUUCAAACCACCUUUUCCUUAGAAUUCGUACGAAGCAGAACGCGGCCAUCUUGAAAGACGCAGGCGGGCUUGCGGACCUGGUUUACCGUUUCCCUUCCCCGAUUGUCGUCUCAGGACGAAAACCGAGGGGAUGGAAAAGAAAAAACUGUAAAAGAAGCGAACAGAAAAAAAAGAAACAUGGAUUGUUGAGUCUGUUGCAACGGGCGCGGCAUCAUUAUGCCGCCGCCGUUUGUUCUCGCGAGUUAUUGGUAAUUAUCCAUGCCAUCUGCGUUUCCCGCGUCACGGGGAGGGGUCACAGCGUGGCCGAAAUCAAUGAAUUA